AUGUAUUUUUUGAGAGGUUGGCUUUAUCUCGCGACGUAUGUUCUUUUGAUCUUUUUGACAGUGUCGAAUAUACAUGCAGAGAUCGAAGCAAGCGGAGAUCAGGGAUCAACAUGGAUUUGCGAUCUGAAUUCCUCCAAUAAGACAAAGCUGAACGAUCUAAUACUGAAGCCAAAUCGUUCGUACGAACUCAAGGAUGGAAGUGUCAUUGAAUUCGGAAAGGUAUCUGCGGUUUAUCGCAAAUGUCGUUCGACAAAUGACAUGGUCAUACCAGAAACGCCCGCUCCGGCAAGGCAAAAAGGAACGGGUACAAUAAUUCCGAAUACACCUGACUCAUCGUUUAACAAUUCAUCCGCUGUGGACAGCGACGGAUCUAUUAUUCUUGGUACUCAAGGAGACGAGGAAACCGGUAUCUUUCGCCAGCCGCUAAUUCCACGACAACGUCAAUCCAACAUCAGUAAACAGAAUUCCUCCAUCGUUUCCUGCAAUAAUGAGAGCGACGAUUCGCAAAUCGUGCUGCAUACGUCGGAUACUAACGUUGAUGAAAAUCAGGGAACUAAUAUAUUCGAUAUGGAAACACAGAAUUUCGAGAAAGGACACAGUAUGGUGUCAGACUCCAUUUAUGAUGUAGAGACGCAAAAAUUUUCCACGGAUGCAUCCGAGCAUUCCGUUGAAGCGAAUACUAAAGCUAGCAAGCAAUUUUCCAAACCGGACGUGCAAAAUAAAACAACUGGCAAUUCUGCGACGGAUAUUCACGAUUUGGAAACACAAAUUUAUAUGAGCGAUAUUAGCGAACUGGAGACUCAAAGAAGCAAGGAGAAUAUUGAAAAGGUAACAGCGAAGAAGCUUACGACAAAUAUUUAUGAUGUAGAAACGCAAAACUGUAUCAGUGAUAGUGACAAAGGUGACAUUGAGGUUCAAGAAUUCAAGAAUGAUAAGAAUAAAAGCCGGGAGGGAAAUUUAGAUCAAAUUGAGCACAAUAUUGACAAUUUGGAGACGCAGAGAUUAAAUAAUAAGCGUAUCACGGAGGAUAUAUCUGACAUGGAAACUCAACUCGAAUUGGACGGCACUACAAAUGCAACGAACGAUAUAUCGGAUCAAGAAACUCAACUUCAAACAAAUGACGAACAAGCUGAUAAGGACAAAAAUAAGGAUAAUGCAGUAAAUACUAUUAAAAGUGGAACAAGUUACGAGAAUAUGGGAUUAUUGAGAUCUGGAUCUAGCAGUCCCAGAUCUUUGAACUUAUCCUCACCAGGAAUCGAUGAAGACGCCCCUUCCUCACCGUUAAACCAAAGCGGACAUUUGUUGGAAUCGUCGGAUUUAUUGGAAUUUUUUGCCGAGGGCAUCGAUAAAUCAGACGAAGUGCAAACCUGUAACGCCGUAUCCACGCCGAAAUCGCGAGCAAAAGCAUCGUCUGGAACAGAAAAUAGCUCCGGAAACAGAUCAAAUACACCGGACAGUAAAGACGAGGACGAUGUGGAAAACAUCUUCGAUGCUCCCACUCAACUCGUCAAUCCCAAGUUCGAAACUUCAGCAUUGAAAGAUGCCGACAAGGAAGACACGUUUGCAAUGCGUAACCUGCCGCAGAAGAAGCGCGAAACGUCUCGAUCGAAGCAAACUGACGAUGAUUCAGAAACGGAUGCAGAGGAAUAUAUAGAAGAGCUCGCUAAGAAGGAGCGGGAAUCCUCGAACAACGAAAGUGCGAGUAAGAAAAAUGAUCCAGGCACGAGCGUCGAAUCUGAAGAUAUGUUCGACGUACCUACGCAACGAUUUAACGACCGCGUGAUCGAUGAUACAUCAAAUUCGUCAAUCAAUCGAUUAUCAAAUAUGAACGAAACCGACGUUGUUGACAACGCCGCACAUGAUCAAGACAAACGGACAGACAUUUCUUCGAUGGAUAUUGAUGACAUGAAAGCGACUCAACUUAUUUUACCACAAAAAGCUUCAGACUCUCCAUCAAAAAAUAAUCAAAAUGACGUGGAUGAUAUGGCACCUACGCAAAUUAUUAACGCGAAUAUUAAUGCGCCAAAGUCAAUUAUUGCGUCAGAAAAUCUUGAUCAGGAAGAUAUAGAUUACGAAAUGGCACCCACUCAAAUAAUCGGUGAAGAGCGAAGAAAUUUCGAGCGCGAGAAAACCGGUAAGUCUUCCAAUGUGAAUCUAAAUGACACGAUAGAACAAAAUCUCAACGAAAUGUUUGAUGAUAUAUGUAGCGAGAAUAUCCACGAAUCCCAACAGAUGUCGACUCAGAACUUGGAAAAAAUUCUAGAUUCAUCGGCAUCCGAUAACGAUUUAUCUACCACUGCCGCAGAUAAGGUGCUACAAACGAGAUUAAGAAAGAAGAAACACGCAUCCUACAGUCAGUCUUCGCGUAAUUCAUCUGGUAUUAAAACGAACGCUGAUAACAAUGUAGACACUGAUUCACAGAAUUCGGAUACUCUUUUUAUCACUACAAAACGGAAGAGAAAUAUCAUAAAAGAUACGCAGGAGCUCGUAGAAUCAAUGGAAGACACGCCGUCUGAAAACGCUAAUUCUUCACACAUGUCGAAGGCGGAUAAUGAGAAGACCGAAGAUAAUAGUGCAGCUACGAGAUCUAGCAAGAGAAGGAAGAGGCUGCCGAAAUUGAAAAACAAAUCCGAUACGGAUCCGACGUUAAACGACGAUGACAUAAGCGACACGAGUGAGACCAAGAAAACAAAUCUUCGAAGAAUGAGAUCGAUGAAACCAAGCGAUGGAGCUACGAGCGAACGAGUCUUGGAAAAACAUUCGAGCAAAGUCGCCGCCGAUGACGCAGAAAACUCCACGACUGAAUCGAAUAUUUAUGCACCUUGCCCGUUGAGAAAUGGACAAGGUGUGGAAAUAUCAAAUGCAUUCUUCGAGAAUGACGAUGACAUUCUAUCACGCUUACCAGCUGUUAGAAUAUCAGGGACACUCUCGAAUCCGGGGAGUCCUUCUGCGUCAUCGACAUCGACUGUGCACACUGUAAGAUCCAAGCAGAGAGUCACAAAAGAUAGAAAUAAGAAAAAAUCGAAGAAAUCACUGCGCAAGCAAAGCGUCGAGGACUCUGAGAAAGAUAAAGAUUUGAAUGAGGUAAAAGGUGAAGCAUCAAUCCCGCUGCUCGACAAUUCAUCGAGUCUUGAGACUCGGAAGAGCAAGAUAUUGAAUCCUGCGGAUUCCUCCGAAGACUCGGACUGUGACUUGAAUAUACGAUUCAAACAAGUUGCCGAGAGAAUUCUGACUAAACAGCCGAGUUACCAGAAAUCGCGGAAUAAAGGAAGUAUACAAAAUGCGAGCGACUCCGCCGUGCCUGACGAGAAAAGAAAUAUGCGCACUUCUAACGUAUCGAAGAAUCCGAAGCAAAAUGCUGAUGCUGACGCUGAGUCGACAAAUCUUCGGCGGGCCAGUUCAAGAUUGACGCGACAAAAUGACGAGAGUUCGCGUGCUUCUAAGGAAGAAGAUUCCGCGGAAAGAACAGCUGCGAAAUUUAUAAAGUCAGAAACGAAGUCUGUUGUUAGACGAAAGAGAGGUUUGAACGCGACGGAAGAAAAUGUAGAAGAUACUAAUCUGAAAAAGCGAAAAGCAAAUCAAGUUAUCGAGGAGAGUGCAGUGUCUACGCGCGGUCGAAGAAGCGUAAUGAAAGCCGCUGACAGGCAAUUCCCAAAUAAUCUUGAGUCCGCUAAAAGCAACUCGCGCGAAAAUUCACCGGUAAUUGAGAGUACGAAAUCUUCCAAAGAUAGCCAGGCAGUAUCUAAAGCUGCAGCGGUGAUUGAGAGUCAAAAGGUUGUCUUAAAUCCGAAAACAGAUGAGAACGCCGAUUCCGGGAGAUCCAACGUUAAACGAACCAGGCGUAAAAUUAAUGAAAGUCAAACUACUGCAAGCACUAGUGCGGAUGAAAAUAGCAGCAAAAAUAAGCAAAUCCAAACUAAAGAAGAGAAAACAAAUUUAAGUCUAAUAAGAAGCAAGCAUUUGAAGAUUGUGCUUAGUCCUGUAAAAAUCCCUAUGACGAGCUCUGUACGAGACGAAUCGCAAGAAGUGGAGAUGAUCAUGGGAACAAUUUUGAGUGACGUGCACGACAAGAAUUUAUCGAUUAGAGAAAGCAGCAGCGCGAAGAUAUUUAAAAAAGAAUCGAGAAUUGGACGCAGGAACCGAGCGAGCGCGGAUAUCAAAACUGAUUCAACUUUAACUGAGAGCAGCGUGUCAUCUGAUGUAGACGACUCUGAUAAUUGUGCGCCGAAAGCUAAACGCGGAAAACUCACAAAAAGUUCAGUUCCUUCACAAACAAGAGCGCGAGUCUCGGAAAAGAAAGAAAUAUUUAAGAGACCCACUCGUGCCAAUAAGACUUCAAUUCUUGAUUCCUCCAUGGAAAGUACGACAGACAGAGAUAGUCUAUGCAGUUCAAGAAGUGACGUUUCGUCGAGCUCCAGAGCUUCACGAUCGAGAACAGCGGGUGCCAGAAGAAAAGAAAAGAUCGGGAUGCAUCAAAGUAGCCCUUCGGACGACAGUCGUCCUUCUUCAAGAAUGAAUACGAGCCUGGAAACCACAUCUCCCGUUUCAGUGUCUUCCAGAACGCGUAGAAGCAUGUCCAUUUUGAGUAAUUUGACACCAACCUCAACGCGACACCGGAUCUUAUUUACAGGUAUAACGGAAGAUUACAGCAAAAUUGUCAAAACAUUAGGUGGAAUCAAAGUGGAAGAACCGGCAAAGUGCUCCGUUCUGGUCACUGAUAAAGUUCGCAGAACGUAUAAAUUCUUGUGCACGCUAGCGCAGGGCGUGCCUGUAGUAUCAAUCGACUGGUUAAAAGACAGUGAAUCGGCAGCACGAUUCUUAGAUUGGGAGGGUUACAUAUUGAAAGAUCCCGCAGCCGAAGCUAAAUUCGGUUUCAGAUUAAGAAAGAGUCUUGAGAAGGCUAAGGAGAAAAGAUUACUGGACGGCUACACCGUCGUACUGACGCCGGGCGUUGCGCCACCACCUGUACAAGAAUUAAAAGAUAUGGUAAAGUCUUCCGGAGCGAAGGCUCUGUUACGUCCGCCAGCCAAAUGGUCUGAAAGAACGGUGAUAAUAUCUCGUGAGGAAGAUUUGUCGAAUGCAAGAAAAUUUCUCGCAAAAGCACCGAAAGCCAUUACUAUACAAUCUACGGAAUUUAUUCUAACUGGUAUUCUAAGACAGGAAAUGGAUUUUGAUAAAUUUAGAUUAAUGUAAGUACGAGUAAAUUUUCAACUAUAUGUAUUAAUAUCGUAUGUAUCAUCGCGAUAUUCGGAUAUUUGUUUAUUAUAUUAAUUACAAUUAUCGGUUACAAAGGCUAGUCCAUGUUGGCACCAUUAGUCACAUUUCUCAUAAAUAAAAAUUGGUGCAAUCAGAUUAUAAAUUUUUCUUCUAAUCUAUGAAUAUUUUAAUAGUGUCCGUUUUAACGACAUCGUUUUACAUUUCGGAUAUUCCAAAGUAGUACAAAAUUUUAAUAACUUUUUAAAAUUAUAUUUUAUAUCAUAUAAAUUGUCAUUACCGAUUCUUCUGAAUUUUAUUUUAUAUAUUUAUACAUAAUAUUGAGAUGUAAUAUUAUGUAUAAAUACAAAAAAAUUCGGAAAGAAUAAAAAAAUAUUCUUUAUGUACUAUUCAACCCCAUCUAUUAAUAAUUUAAGAACGUUUUAUUUAAAAGAUAUCAGUCCAGUGUUGGAAUUUAUUAGUUUUAAUACAAAUUAUUCGCGAAUUCAAUGUAUUCUUUAACUUUAUACUUUAAUAAAAUAUGUAUACGAAAUAUGCUUGUAUAGACAAUGACACACAAGUGCAUUCUCAUUAACUAGAAAUCUUUAUUUCCGUUUUACUUUUCUUCAUAUAAUCAUUCUGAUGCUUAUAUUAAUACAUAAUAAUAGGCGAUUUCUUCGCGCGAAAACUUGAGAUAUAUUUCGUAAUUCUGUUGAAGUAUCACUGAUCACAGUACGCGAGAGUUGCGUUCUGAUUAAACAUUCUCGAGUUGACUCGAAUUGUUGAACGUAGCUCCAUUUAUGCGUGUGCUUCGCUGCAGUACGCGGCAAUAUGACAAUUUCCGUUUGCAAAAAUGAAUAGCAAAAGUCGCGACAUUUAUCGUUCGCUCAUUUCAAACAUGAUUGUUUACUCAUCUCGAAAAUAACUGCUCAUACGCGACGUACGCAGAAACACACGCAUAAAUGCUCUACAUUAGCGAUUUACUUAACAUUUAUUAUAAAUCUAAUAUAAAUCAUAUAAACAAAAAAAAGAAUUUAAGAAGUCAUAACUUAUUAAUAUAUAGCACACGCAAAAGAUCAAUAUGGUAUUACCAUACUAUCCCUAUACAAAAAGAAAAAAAAUGUCAUGCAAACUCCAGAUUCAUGCGAAGUAAGCAGUAGUCGAAGUACGCGAUAUAUAUUAUUUUGUACUUUUAUAAGUAACGUGAUAUCCGUGCUAUCGACAUAAAUGAAAAUUAUAAAAGCACGAGCUACCGUGCCGACCUUACGUUGGAUAAGAACCUAUGGCUAAAUGCAUUUUCGACAUUAAAGAGUGUUAUAUAUAUAUUUUUUUUUUAUUCCGGUCGUCUUAGGCGGAAGGUAAGUCUUGUGAGAUGAGAUCUAACUCGACAACGCCUGCCGCGAAGAUAGGAACGUGCGUAAU